AUGGCCCUCUCACGCUCCUUUUGGCCGCUUCUCUCGCUUUGGUUUCUCUCCCAACUGUCUUCCUUCGUUUCUGCUGCGCCGUGGCUUGUCACUGCGGACUACCAAGAGGUUGUCCGUACGCGCUCCUACUACUACGAGACCAUCACCACCACCCUCAUUCAGCAAAUCACCCCCACCGCCACGUCCAUCCCCGAGGCUAUCUCGACGGCGACCUCCACUGGGACCUCUAAUGACUACUAUUACUACUAUGAUGACUCGAAGGAUGUCACCAUCGUUCAGCAGCUGUACCCUACGGGUGUUGGAUCGGUGGUGGACGAAUAUGACGACUAUGGCUACUCCGACGAUGACGACGAUGCCUACCACAGCACCAUCUUUGCGGUCAAUAUAACCUACAGCGCGCCGACUGGGUGCUCCUCGCAAUGGACCCAGACCACCGCAGCGGAGAUCAUUCCCCCUACCGCCGUGCAAGCCCUCCUCCCCCGCACGGCGGUGACAACUUCUUUCUCCGUCGACUCCAGCCGGCCCUUCCAGCCCACGACCUACACCAUCGACAUCGUCUACGUCGACCCCACCCAGGUCCCCAGCAGCUCGCUUGACUCAUUGAGUAUAUACAACCGGCCUACUUCGUUGUACACCGGUGCCGGCUGCUCUUACACCAGCACCGAUGGCAGCAGCCACUACGGAGAUUACGGCGACUCUGGCUACGGGGCGUCUGGCAGCUCGGGUAGCUCUGGUAGUUACGGCAACUACUGGGGUUAUGGCUAUGGGGGCUAUGAUGGCGAGAAGAGUUGGUUCCUCGAUAGUUACCCGAUGGGAAUCUCCCCUUUGGCGCUCACCCUCAUUCUCAGCAUUGGCUGGAUUGGCCUGUUCCUGAUCCUCGGCUUUGUGGAGGCCUGGAUCCGGUUUCGCCGCCUCAUGCUGGGCUGGCAAACCCGCCGGGGGCUGCCGGUCUGUUGGUCGCUGACCAUUCUCCCCAUCACCCUGCUGCUGCUGUGCUUCUUCCGGAAAGGCUACCGGGCACGCUCGCAGGCUGACGGGGAGGUCCUGCGGAAACGGUGGAAUGCGAUGAGCCUCGGGACCAAGCUGCGGCUCUUCUUUGUCUGGGGAUUCCGAUUCAAGUACCCGCCGAUGCUGGGGCCCGCCCCUGCCCGCAUCAAGACGAGCAAACAACCGGAGAAGCACCCGGGUCCUCGACUCCUGGCACCCAGUCCGGCACCCAGUGUGGCGCCCCAGUCCCGCCAGGGGUCAUCGGCCGAACCCGUCGCUGUGCCCGAGCCCGUUGCCGCGGCUGAACCGGAGAUGGCGACGGUGUCUCCCGCGACGGCCGCGGCACCAACAGCGACUGGAGCUCUCCCGGCCCCUCCGCAUGAUGAAGAGAUUGGUCAAGCAAAGUAA